AUGAAGGCCUUGAGCUUCAUGGACCGUCACGGCUUUGACUCGGACGACGUGAACCAGCCCUUCGAGCGCCGUUUCGGCACAGAGGAGAUCUACCCGAUCCACGUGGCUGCUCAAGCAGGCGACCACGAUGCACUUCGAGCGCUGCUGGCAUCUAGAGCCGAUGCCGCCCAGCGCACCUCCCGCGGCCGCUCGGCGCUGGAGAUCGCCGAAGGGGGUCAGAACGCCUACGACGAGGCUCUCCCCAGUUGGAGUUCACACCCAGAGAACAACUAUGGAGUUCACCAGCUGUUUGUGCAUUCCAACGACCAAGUGCCUCCAUGA